AUGGAUGUUGGAGAUAAAAGUUGGAUGGAUCUCCGAAGAUCCACCGAUGAGUAUAUUCGUGGAGUUAAAGAUUUCCUAGAUAAGGCAUUUGAACGAGCUUCCCAAGGAGAUGAAAUAUUAUGUCCUUGUAAGAAGUGCUUUAAUCGUUAUUGGCAUUGUCGAAAUGUGGUAGAGGAUCACUUGAUUUGUCAUGGGUUUGUUCAUGGAUACACCAAAUGGGUUUUCCAUGGAGAAGGGUUUUCCUCAAGAAAUACGCCACAUCCAACCAAUGAUGAUGAAACAUUCGGCAGACAAGACGGUAUUGAUAAACUACUUCAAGAUACUUUUAGAAAUGUAGCAGAUGACCUGAGGCAUGAAGGAGUAAGAGAGGGACUAUUUGAAGAUGCAAAAAGAUUCUUUAAAAUAGUGGAAGAAGGGAAACAAGAGUUGUAUCCGGGGUAUUUGUUAGACUUGAUAAAAGAGGCAUUUCCCUUUGCUCAGAUACCCGAGUCUUUCUACAAGGCAAAAAAGGUGAUAAAAGAUUUGGGUCUUCAUUAUGAAAAAAUUCAUGCAUGUACUAACGAUUGCAUGUUAUUCUGGAAUGACACUGCAAAGUUAGACAAGUGCUCAGUGUGUCGAUCUUCUAGAUGGAAGAAUGUUCGUGAUGACUUGACUAAUAAGGUCACUAAAAUUCCAGCAAAGGUUUUAAGGUACUUUCCUUUAAAACCUAGGCUUCAGAGGAUAUUCAUGUGUUCUGAAACAUUUGUAGCUAUGAGAUGGAAUGAUACUGAACGACCCAAAGAUGGAAAUUUAAGACAUCUUGCUGAUGGGGAAGCUUGGAAGGAUUUUGAUUCCUUGCACCCUGACUUUGCUAGUGAUGCUCGUAAUGUUAGAUUGGGUCUUUCAAGCGAUGGUUUUAAUCCAUUCCUAACUAUGAGCAUUUCUCAUAGCACAUGGCCAGUUAUGUUGAUGAAUUAUAACUUAUCACCAUGGAUUUGCAUGAAGUCGGAGUAUAUAAUGUUGUCAAUGAUUAUUCCAGGUCCAUCGUCUCCUGGAAAUGAUAUAGAUGUAUACUUACAACCACUGAUUGUAGAGUUGAAGGAACUAUGGGAAGUGGGAGUGGAAACAUAUGAUGUUAAAACUAAUCAAACAUUUAUGAUGCGUGCAGCUUUAUUGUGGACAAUUAGUGAUUUUCCAGCAUUGGCAAUGCUUUCCAGAUGGAGUACCAAGGGGAAAUGGGCAUGCCCCACUUGUAAUCACAAUACUUGUUCCCAAUAUCUCAAACAUAGUCGUAAGAUGUGUUAUAUGGGUCAUCGAGCAUUUUUACCUCAUGAUCAUCCAUAUAGAAGAGAUAAAAAAUCCUUUAAUGGUAAAGAAGAGCAUAAAGUUGCACCUACUCCCUUAUCAGGCGUACAAGUUCUUGAAGAACUUCGUGAAUUCAAUAAUGUUUUUGGAAAGAGCCAAAAGAAAAGAAAACGAAAGAAUGAUGGUCCAUGGAAAAAAAAUCCAUAUUUUUUGAGUUGCCGUAUUGGGCAACCAACAAAUUGA